GGUUUUGCCAGAGUCUGCCCGGUGAUUUCCUUCCCUUCGGCUAAGGCUACCGAUUGGAGAAUUCACUCUUCUUUUCUGUACCUCCUUCGUCCAGACUGCUUCAUCUUCCAACCUCAUCAAAUAUUUCCAAACCAGAUUUAUAACAGGAUCAUCUUGAUUGAGGUUUCAUGGAUCCUGAAUUAUAUGCAGCCUCCACAGUUACAGCCAGAACAACUAGGAAGGUGAGAUUUGCUCCGAAAGCUCCUCCUCGUAGAGCCCAGACGCUUGUUUUGCCGAAACCGGAAAAAGUCGAAGAUGAUUUUGAUGCUGUGAAAUCAGAGGAAUUGUUGCGCCGCUUCAAUGAGGCUACUACUAGGAAAGCUAAAGUAGAAAAGAAAGGAUCAAUACAGUUUGUGCCUGCUCCGGAAGGUUUCUUAAAGUCAUUAAAAUCAAAUCUCCCUCCCAAGGGCGCUGACAAGCUUCAGAACUCAGCCUCUAAUGAUGGAAAGUACCAUCUCCAUCCAUUUUGAUGCCGUAAAUUUUUUUCUGGUUUAUUUUGAAGGCAUUUCUUUCUGCAGGCGGUACAGAGGUGCUUCAACCUGAGAAAGAAUACACUGAACCUUGGAAUUAUUAUGCAUAUUAUCCUACAACUCUUCCAUUGAGAAGGCCUUAUUCAGGAAAUCCAGAGGUUCUUGAUGAGAAGGAAUUUGGUGAGACUUUGCAGCGUUCGGUUUACAAUGAAAGUUUAACAAAUUCGGCUGCUGAGCUUGGACUACUCGAUGAGGCAUUGGAGGGCAACAUGUUCUUCCAAUUACCGUUGAACUGGCAUAUGUUAAAGAAGCCAGAAGGGAGUGAAACAACUAGCAACCUGAGGGCUCUAUCAAAGGCUAGGCUUUGUAAGCUUGAUGAGUUGGGCGAUGGGUUUCUUGGCAAAAUGCUAGUGUACAAGACUGGAGCUGUCAAGAUGAGGCUCGGCGAAAGUCUUUAUGAUGUUUCUCCUGGUAUGGACUGUGUUUUUGCUCAGGGUGUUGUUGGAGUUAACAUAGAAGAGAAGGCUUGCUGCGAUCUUGCUGAGCUUGAUAAGCGCGCAGUUCUAACUCUUGAUAUUGACUCUGUCUUCGCAAGUAUUCCUGAUUCAUGAUAUCUUUUUCUUCAAUUACAAAUUUUUUAUGGUCAUAUAUUUUCCAUGAACAUUUUUUUGUAAGGCUAGCACAAGAUUUAUUCGCCCAUUGCAAUUCGGAUAGUUCAUUUUUUUGGGGGGUAACUCUAGGGUGCCCUCAAAGUGGAUAAUAAGUUUUGGCAAUUGUGUGUGGUUUUGUUCUCAGAUCUGUAAGAAAUAAAUACAGAUAGUUUUC